GGAGAUUUGUAAAUAGGAAGUUGCAAAAAGUUGAGUUUAUGGAUUUUGUCCUAUAUUAACCAUGACUAUACACGCCUGAUUAAGUUGCAUCAUAAAAAAAUAAACUAAAACAUAUUUUAUACAUUUAAUACAGACGUACUUGGUGAUUUGGAGAUAAUUGCAGAAGACAAAGGUGUCAGGUGCAAUGGGGAACCAACUGACAGGUAUAGCACCAUCCCAGAUUCAACCAACAGACUUUUACCUCACUGAUGUAGUGGACUAUGAGUUUGACACUAGCCUUGGUAGCACAAGGUUCUUCAAGGUGGCUCGUGCCCGUUACAAGGAAGGCCUCGCUGUUGUGAAAGUAUUUGUCAUACACGACCCAUCUCUUCCUCUCAAGUCACACAGAGAAAAGCUAGAAGAAUUACGGGCAAGACUCGAGAAAGCAUCAAACUGCCUGCCAUUUCAGAGAGUAACGUUGUCUGACAAGGCUAGUUUGCUGUUCAGACAGUAUGUCAAGGACAGUCUUUAUGACAGGAUCAGCACUCGCCCCUUUUUCAAUAAUGGAGAGAAACAGUGGAUAGCCUUCCAGUUACUGUGUGCUCUCAAUCAAUGCCACAAACUUGGAGUUUGUCAUGGUGAUAUCAAAUCUGAGAAUGUCAUGGUUACGGGAUGGAGUUGGGUUCUGUUGACUGACUUUGCCAGUUUUAAGCCCACCUACCUACCUGAAGACAACCCAUCAGAUUUCUCCUACUUCUUUGACACAUCUAGAAGGAGAACCUGCUACAUUGCCCCUGAAAGGUUUAUAGAGAGUAGUUGGAGGACUGAUUCAGGUGAUCAAGGCGGAAACAUAGACCUAACUACCAGUGUAGUUAAGAAAGGGGACCUCACUCCCUCCAUGGAUAUUUUCUCUGCAGGGUGUGCUAUAAUUGAACUAUUCACAGAUGGGACAGCUCCAUUUGACCUUGCACAGCUACUGUCAUAUAGGAGUGGGGAAUACAGCCCUUGGAAGAUACUGGAGAAGAUAGAAGACUCUAACAUAAGGGAACUGGCGAGGCACAUGAUACAGAAAGAUCCGAACCACCGCCUCUCAGCUGAGGAAUAUCUCAUACAACAGAGAGGCAAAGCCUUUCCUGAUACAUUCUACACAUUCCUGAAGUUAUACAUCCAGAGAUUCGCUAGUACGCCAAUAAUGAGUCCAGAUGCUCGCAUCAUGAGAGUUAAGAAAGACUUGGACCUGAUUAAAAAAGAAUUGAAGUUGGUAUCAUCAUCUGGAGAAACAGAGAACACAAGUCUUGUUAUUCUUGUGUCUUUGCUAACAUCAAAUCUUAGAGACUUAAAUUACUGCAGCUCCAAGUUGGAUGCCCUUGAUGUGUUGAAACAGUUGUCUGAGUAUCUACCUCCUGUCAUCAUCAUGGACAGAUUAGUGCCAUAUAUGUUGCAUCUCAUCCAAGAUCAGUACCCCAGAGUGAGAGCUGCAGCACUGAGGACCAUAACACAGUGCCUGGCUAAUAUCAAAACUCUGCCUGUAAAUGAUGCCAAUAUAUUCCCCGAGUAUAUUCUUCCUAACUUGAGUAACUUGGUGCAGGACCCAGUGGUGAUGGUGCGUGUGGCUUAUGCUGAGAAUAUUGCCCUCUUGGCUGAAACUGCCCUAAGAUUCCUUGAAAUAAUCCAGUUAGAGAUGCCAAGCAAAUCUACCCAUGAGAGUAAUGGCAUGUUGUCUCAACAACAGAUUAGCUAUGAUAUUGAACUUCAAGCUCUACAUGAACAGGUUCAGCAAAAGGUCGUCCAGCUACUCAGUGACCCUGACAAUAUUGUGAAAGAAACACUGCUGCAGAAUGGUAUAACUCAGCUAUGUGUCUUCUUUGGAAGGCAGAAAGCCAAUGAUGUGCUUCUGUCCCAUAUGAUAACAUUCCUCAAUGAUAAGUUUGAUUGGCACAUACGAGGAGUCUUCUUUGACAGUAUAGUAGGAGUGGCAGCAUAUGUUGGCUGGCACAGCUCAGGCAUCUUAAAACCCCUUCUUCAACAGGGCCUCAGCGAUACAGAGGAGUUUGUCAUCCAGAAGGCUCUCUCUGCUAUGACGUCACUUACAGAACUAGGACUGUUACAGAAACCAAUCUUGCAUGAGUUCAUCGUGGAAGUUGUGCCAUUUUUAUGUCAUCCUGACACAUGGGUGCGCUAUGCUGCUGUGGGCUUUAUUUCUGCGACUGCGAGAUCAUUGAACAUUGCAGACAUGCACUGCAAUCUACUUCCACUAGUGAAGCCAUUCCUGAAGCAGCAGGUUCUGCAAGUUGGGAAAGAGGUUGUGUUAAUGAAUGCAUUGAAAGAGCCACUGUCCAGAACAAUAUAUGACUACAUACUGAGGAGUCCCCAUAUAGAGAAAUUGUUUGACAUACUACAGGAGCGGAAAGUAAUGCGACAGAUCAGUCGUCAAGGUCAUAAGCCAAACUACUCAGAUGUUGAUGAGGCUGUGGGACAGUUGCUACGGAAGCUCAUGUCACAAGGUUUAACUGAACAGGGGGAGGAUAAAUUAUUGGCUUUGAAAGACUUCAUGGUGAAACUAAACAGAGCAAGAGCUGGCUCAUCUGAAAAGUCAAGCUUUGAUGAGGAAGUUGGGGAAGGUAGAGUGAACCUGGCAUCAGCAAUGAUGAAGUCUGUCACCAGAAGACAUGCUGAACUCUUCAGACCCAAGGAUUAUAAAGGAGAAGGAGGUCCAAAUGCACAAGUCAGAAAAUCUGGUAAGAAAAGAGGAACAGUGUCUGAGUUUCAGUCAACAGUUAUGAAUGAAGAAUGGAAGCACAUGUUUGGCUCUACAAGUGCAACAACAGAAAAACCUACUGAGAAACAUCCCAAAUUAAAAGAUGUUGCCUCUCAUAAGGAGCCUACAUCUCCCACUAAAAAGGAUUCUGUGACAAGUGGUAGCCCAAAGGAACAUGUUGAAACCACAAUUAGUAUGUCAAACUUAGAAUCAAGUUUGAAUGGGACUCCCAAGAAGGAUACCAAAGCUACAACCCAAACACAUCCAGAAAAAUCCAUUCAAGUGCAAUAUUCCCAGUGUAAGAUGGAGCUACACAAUGUUGUUUAUAAAAAACGUGAUCAGUAUGCAAAUGGUAUGUCUUGCCGCGAUAUCCUUGAUGUUGCAUCAUGGGAAAAGCGACCCCCACCCUCUAACUGGAAACCGAAAGGACUUCUAGUUGCACAUUUACACGAACACAGACUUGCAGUAAACAGGAUGGAAGUGAGCGAUGACCAUAACUAUUUCACGACAUGCUCAAAUGAUGGCACUGUGAAGAUCUGGGAGUGCAGUAGGAUGGAAGGCAAGAGUGUCACAAACAGAUCAAGGCAGACUUACAGUAAACAAGGUGGCCAAAUAAAAUGUGUUCUGUUCUGUGAAAAUUCUAAUUCCUUGGCGAGCUGUUCCGACAAUGGAUCUAUACACAUACUCAACAUUGAGUCAGGCUCUACAAAGAUCACAGCCCCACACACCCGCAAUGUUGACAUCUCAGAGGUUGGCCAAGUGGUAGAUAUGAACUAUGCUGACACUGGCUCCCAGUCUAUCUUAGUCUAUGCCACAGUACAUGGUCAUCUCAUUGGCUGGGACCUCAGGUCUAAUGAAGUGGCAUGGAACUUGUGUAAUGAUCCAAAGAAAGGAUUGAUAACCUCAUUUAGUGUACAUCGCCAACAGAAUUGGUUGGCUGUUGGAACGAGUAGCGGCACCUUCACUUGUUGGGACAUGCGCUUCCAGCUGCCAAUCACAUCACUUAAUCAUCCCACUGGUGCACGAGUACGUAAACUCCUAGCACACCCUAGUCAGCCAUCUUGGGUCGUUGCUUCCGUUCAAGGAAACAAUGAGGUAUCCAUGUGGGAUCUUGAGACUGAUGCCAGGUACAAGACUUUAUGGGCCAGUACUGCUCCAGCUUUGUCCCGAACACAGGCCUCUAGUCACUCAGUGAAUGGGAUGCACCUUGGUAAGACAGACACCCACCAGUUCCUGCUAACAGCUGGCUCUGACAUGAGAAUACGCUACUGGGACUUGGACUACCCCAAGAACUCACACAUUGUUGCAACAGCAGCCAGUGAUCCAGUCAACAACACUGUCGUCAGUUAUAGGUCUGGUCUAAUUGAAGGCACAGAUGUUAUACAAGAGGUUUACAGUAAACAGAAGGGUAUUGGAAAUGAUGAGAUUCCACGUCGUGAGCCAGACACGCCACCACAAGGACACCAUGAUGUCAUAACAGAUAUCAAACUCUGUCAAACAAUGCAAUGCUUAAUAUUAACUAGCUCCAGAGAUGGAGUGGUGAAAGUGUGGAAAUAAAUUACUGUAAAACCUGUCAUAUCUGAACGCUACUCUGACUGGCCAAGUGUUUGAAUAGACU